AGAGAGAGAGAGAUGAAGCCCUGGCCAAGGCGGCCAAAGGUGAUAUUAGUCCCCUAUCCAGCACAAGGCCAUGUCACUCCCAUGCUCAAGCUAGCCUCAAUCCUCCACUCUCACGGCUUCGACCCGGUGCUCGUCACCCCAGAAUCCAUCCACCGCCGGAUCUCUCAUCAUGCAGUCGAUCGGGCGACGGCGGAGGCGAUCGCCUUUGUGCCAAUCCCCGAUGGCUCGGGUGCCGACGACGACGGCAAGCCCCGCGACUUCUUCUCGGUCGAGAGGGCCAUGGAGGAUGUCAUGCCGGUCCACCUCGAGCGGCUCGUGGGCGAGCUCGACGUGGUGGAUGGUGGCGUGGCACUAAUGGUAGUCGACCUGCUGGCCUCGUUCGCGAUCGAGGUGGGGAACAAGUGCGGUGUCCCAACCGCAGGGCUCUGGACGGCCAUGCUCGCGACCUACAAGCUGGUCACGGCCAUCCCGGAACUGGUCCGAGCAGGUCACAUUUCCGAUUGCGGAAUACCCCAGAAAGAAAGCCAAGUACGUCAAAACCCCUCGUUGACCACCCAAGACCUGCCAUGGCUGAUCGGGCCUGUCAGCGCCCGGAAAGCAAGAUUCCGGUUCUGGACCCGAACUCUACACCGGUCGGCGUCUCUCCGGUGGCUCCUCAUCAACUCGUUCCCCGAGGAGGAAGACGAAGCUAAGAUCCAGUGCUCCCGAGACUACCCGACCAUCGUCCCCAUCGGACCGUUAGCCUGCCCGUCCCCCUUGACCAAGAACCCUAGCUUCUGGGAAGAAGACGCCACCUGCCUGGCCUGGUUGAAGAUUCAAAAACCCAACUCGGUGAUCUACGUCUCGUUCGGCAGUUGGGUCAGUCCCAUCGGAUGCGACAAAGUCGCCAGCCUCGCCCUCUCACUCGAGUCCACGUGCCGGCCCUUCCUGUGGGUGCUCGGGCCGUCGUGGCGCGAUGGCUUGCCGCGUGGCUUCCUGGAGAGGGUCCGCAGCCGGGGCAGGGUCGUGCCGUGGGCCCCGCAGGUGGAGGUCCUGCGGGACCGCGCGGUCGGGUGCUACUUGACGCAUUGCGGGUGGAACUCGACGGCGGAGGCGGUGCAGUGCGGGCGGCGGAUGCUGUGCUGGCCUGUGGCGGGGGACCAGUUUGUGAACUGCAAGUACAUCGUCGAGGCGUGGCGGGUCGGGAUGAGGCUGGAAGGGUUCGGGGAGAGGGAGGUCGAGGACGGGGUGAAACGGGUCAUGGAGGACGGCGAGAUGGGGCUGAGGUUGGAGGAGCUGAAGGAGAGGAUGAUGUCGGCAAAGACGAACUCGAGAGCGGCGGCGAAUAUGGCCGGCUUUGUCGAAGAUCUCAAGAGAAUGACGGAGGAUAAUUCUCCGUAGUUACUUAGUUGGAAACGGUAUUUUUUUUUUUUUUUUGCUAUAGUUGUCUUCCUAGGGUUUUGGGUUGAUGAUCAUUAUCCAA